ACUCUUUUUUUUUUUUUUUAAAGUAAAAGCAUCAGCUGACGUUAAUUGCAUUUGCAUUUGGAAAGAAGCCACAUUGCUUCGUAAGUGGCUUAUCAGAUUUGCCGCAGUAACAUAAGGGAGGAAAAGUCGGCUGAGUUGGUAGUGUGACUCCACUGCGGCCACCGUAGUUACGUACAAAGCAGUAGGCGCGUACACUUCGAGGGUUUUCUCUCAUGAGUUGCUAAGCUAAUAUCCUCAAUUGUUUCAGGUGAUUUAGACUCGGUUUGACUCUCUCUCUCUCUGUCGCAAUGGACAAUGUAAACGCUAAAUACGUGUCGCAGAAGAUCAGUAAGACUCGAUGGCGUCCGGUGUCUUAUUCCUCUCUGCAGCACGCGGAUGUGUUUGCGACUGGCUCGUGGGAUAACGAGGACAAUAAGAUUUCUCUUUGGUCCAUUGGGAGUUCUGGCACGGAUGAUGGAUUUGAAGGAGACCCACAGCUUUUAUGUGAACACAAGCACGAUGGAGAUGUUCUGGACCUGCAAUUUUUGGACCAGGACAGAAUUGUCACAGCUUCAUCAACUGGAGCGGUCACCAUCUUCCGCCACCACCAAAACAGUCAGACAAUGUCAGUUUCUCAGCGCUGGGAAAGAGCUCAUCAUUAUCCCUGUGAUAACGCUCCAUGCACUGGCAUCGUGUGCAGCACUCCGGAGAUCGUUUCAGUCGGUGAAGACGGCAGGAUCAUCGUCUUCAGAAGCGACCACGAGGGAGUUGUCCGAGUCAUAGAGAAUGCGGACAGCAGCACGAUACACGCGGUGACUUACCUGAGGACGACGGAGAUUCUGACGGUGAACUCUAUCGGCCAACUGAAGCUGUGGGACUUGAGACAACAGAGCAACUCGCCGUCCCAGAUUCUCUCGCUGUCAGGGGAUAGAGUCCCUCUUCACUGUGUGGACAGACACCCGAACCAGCAGCACAUCGUGGCCACAGGAGGGCAGGACGGCAUGCUCUGUGUCUGGGAUGUGAGACAAGGCAACACACCCUUCUCACUCAUGGAGGCCCACUCUGCUGAAAUGUGGGAAGUCCACUUCCACCCGACCAACCCAGAUCACCUGUUCACAUGCUCAGAGGACGGUUCUCUGCUGCAUUGGGAGGCAUCGUCACAGUCAGACAUGCCCUCAUUCUUACAAGGUGGCAGGAACAACAGCAUGAUAUCCCGCAGUGCGAUGGCCCCGGCAGGGAACCAGUCCCUGAUCAGUGCCUGGCUCAGCGGAGACUCCAGUAAAGGUCGCUUGGAAACGACUCACAUGCUGCCCAGCCAGACGCUGUCUGUCAACAGUUUGGAUGUACUUGGACAAUGUCUUGUCUGUGGGACUGAUGGAGAGGCUAUUUUUGUCAACAGACAGGUCCCAGUUUAAAAGACCUGUUUGUGCAGCGGACAAGAAGUGCACAUAGAUGUUUAGUGUCAUUUUCCGACACAUCAGAGGAUUCAUUGUCAUCUUUGAUCAGACAGGAAGCCGAUAAUAAAAUUUUGCUUUUUGAAGUUUUGGCUCAACUUGUGUAUUUGCCUGUCGUCGUAUGUGGCAUACACACCCGUCUUGUUCUGUUGCAGUGAUGGAUUGUCUUGAGUUAAAGCUCCUGUGAGGAGUACUUAACUUGUUAUUAAAUAGAUUUAAAUUAAUAAUUUUGCCUCUUAAUGAGCUACUAAAGCAAAAAGGACCAUCCGGAUAAAGAUUUAUUUUUAAAGAAUGGUAUACAUGCAGCAGAGCUAUAGACACAACCUUUUAUUACAUUUUCUACAGCAGAGAUUCACAGUGAGUUACACAUUUGAUUGUUAAAAGAGAAGGAUGAGAUUUGUUAAAAAAAAUAUUACUUAAGCAGAGGGAUAAAAGGUACCGCUUUGUCCAUAGGGGGCACAAACAGAAAGUUCAUCACAGGAGUUUUAAGAUUUAAGUCUUUCAAACAAAGUAUUUCAACACAGUCGUACUUUUGCAUGAACUUCAUUUCAACAUUUUUUAAAUAAAUACAUUUUUAAAAACC